CUAAUAGUCGAAGCUUUACGAAGUGGAAACGAACAGAGUGCACGUGUUUUCUCGAAAAGUGACAGUGUUUCGUUAAUUUUACCUAAUAAAAGGUGUUUUAACAAUUUAAAAAAAUUAUGAAAGUCAAAAAAAUUCGACCUGAAUCCAAAUCGAGUCUUAAGACUGCGGUGAAAAAUGUGCAAAGCAUUUUAAAGAAAAAGAAGAAAAGUAAAAAAUUAACGGAAAAUGAGGAUACCCUUGAAACACCUAAAAGAAAAAUAAUUGACUCCACAGAAAAUUUGCCAGAAGUAGAACUACAAUACAAUUCUAAAGCAGGUGUUAUUUAUAUAGGACAAAUUCCCCAUGGAUUUUACGAGGAUGAAAUGAAAGAUUUCUUUUCACAAUUUGGAAAAGUUCAUCGAGUACGACUAGUUCGAUCAAAGAAGACAGGAAAAAGUCGAGGAUAUGGCUAUGUUGAAUUUCAAACUCCAGAAGUCGCAAAAAUAGCAGCAGAAACAAUGAAUAAUUAUGUAAUGUGCGGUAGAUUAUUGAGAGUGACUUAUAUUCCUCCUGAGAAACAACAUUUUGGCUUCUUUUUCGGAAAAAAAAUUACACCAAAUUCAUAUCCUCGAUUGGAGAAUAGGAACAAAAUAAUAAAAUCGAAUCACGCGCCAAUUACAGAAACGAAACAUAAAAAAUGUGUAAAAACGUCACUUAAAAGACUAUCUACAUUAGAAAAGAAACUCAAAAUGAAAGGUAUUAAUUUCUCAUUCAAAGCGAUUGAUCUUCAAAAAAAUAAAUAGGUAUUAUUUAAUUUUCCUGUAAAUAUAAUUUCAAGUUAACAAUUUUUUCUAACACAAAUCAAUGAUUAUUUCUUUAAAAAAAAGAAAAAAAAAUCAAGAAAAUAUGCGAAUAUUUUAUAAAUGUAAACUUUUUGUUCUAAAAUUAAUGUGCAUAAGGAUAAAUGACAUUAAACAUGUAAAUCAUA